CACAGACGGAGCGGUACGGGGAGAUACUACGGUCUCUGGGACCUUACCGUGCAAAGUGACGCGCUGUGAUCAGUCCUGACUUCGGGUCAUUUUAAAGGAAACAAGCAGUUUUCGGCGGAAAUCACAGGAUUACUCUCUCCGGGGGGGGCUGUCGGAAGGACUCCGCUCAAGCCAAGGUGUAGAAAUGUGGAAGCACGGACGGCAAGGAGUGUGGAAUUGAGCACCGGAGAGAAAGGAUGCCAAAGAUGAAACAAUAAAGCAGAGCUAGAUUUGAGGCCUGCGCAGACUUUCUGCAGGAGCAGCCGGUGUGCGCAAGCCAACCCCGGCCACAAUGACCAUGAAAGGCCUGUCCAGCAGCCGCAGUCACCACGCAGUGACCUGCGACCCGUCUUAUGACUCCAUGACUCUGGGCCAUGCCGAUCGCCGGUCUUACUUCCUCAACCCGGGGGAGGCUCAUCCGGCUGAGAACCCCUGCUAUACCCAGCGGAGCGCCUUCCAGACUGAGUGCAGUGCCUAUCCUGACCUGACCAGCUGCACUUUCCCUCGCAGACACUACAGCUCCCACCACGAGCUGAAGGAAGAGUGCGGCGCCGUGGUGCCUUACACCGGGCCUACAGGGAGCUGUAAGGGAAGCGGAGGGAACAAUAACCGCAUACCGUCAAACUUGCUCGAGCAGUUCGAGACCCAAGCUCCGCUGAGACGGGAAGGUUACCACACGCUGCAGUACAAGCAUACGGCGCUGGAGCACCAACGCAGUGACAGCCCCGGUCGAAUUCGCCACCUUGUGCAUUCUGUGCAGAAGCUCUUCACCAAGUCCCACUCUCUGGAGGGGCCCUCGGGCUCUGGGGGAGGCGGGAGUGGAAAGAUGAACGGCAGCAAAUCCAGUCCGGACGAUCCGCCCUCAUGCUCCGGCACCCUGAAGCACAGCAAGCGCAGUAAGAGCAAAGACCGUUCCAAGUCAGAGCCCAAGAUGCGCACCUCCACGUCGGGUUACUGGAGCUCGGACGACACGCUGGACCGAGAGGUGUGUCUCUACCAUCACCAGCAGGGGGGUGGCGUUGGUUCUAUGCCCUCGGGAGUCAUGACUAUCGGACGGCACCCGGACAAAUCCCAGUCACAAUAUUUCAUGGAGUCCUACAACACCAUCAGCGCCCAGUCGCUCAAGACGUCGCGCAGCAACAACGACGUGAAGUGCUCGGCGUGCUCAGGUGGCGGCAGCGCAGCUCUGCCGCUGAUGAGCGGCCUCGACGGACAAGUCCAGCUUAAGAAGAGCUCGUGGUCCUCCACGCUGACAGUGAGCAGAGCGAGGGAGGUGUACCAAAAGGCCUCCGUCAAUCUAGACAAAGCUCUCGUCAAAGCCGAGCAGGGACGCACUUGCCAUUUCCUACAGGUGCCUCAGGAUGACUGGAGUGGCUUCUCUCCACUGGGGAAGGAUGACGAGAUCCCUUGCCGGCGAAUGCGCAGUGGCAGCUACAUCAAGGCCAUGGCAGAGGAGGAUAGUGGCGACUCGGAUUGCAGCCCCAAACCCUCGCCCAAGGUCCAGGCACGGCGAGCCAGCUACCUGAAGGCCACGCAGCCUUCUCUUACUGAAAUGACGACGCUCAAGAUUUCCACAGAGCACUCGCCCAAGCUGCAGAUCCGAAGUCACAGCUACCUGCGGGCAGUGAGCGAGGUUUCCAUCAACAGGAGUCUGGACAGCUUGGACCCAGCGGGGCUGCUGGCCUCGCCUAAAUUCCGCUCCCGCAAUGAGAGCUACAUGAGAGCCAUGAGCACCAUCAGUCAGGUGAGCGAGGUGGAGGUGAAUGGGCAGAUAGAGGCGGUCUGCGAGUCGGUGUUUAGCGAGAUGGAGUCGCAGGCCGUGGACGCCCUGGACCUGCCCAUGCCCGGCUGCUUCCGAAUGCGGAGCCACAGCUACGUACGUGCCAUAGAGAAGGGCUGCUCGCAGGAGGAGGAAGAGGGCGUCGUCGCGCUGGGCGAGAGGAGUGCAGACUCCCCUCCACGAACCGCCACCACGGUCCGAACCAUCCAGAGCAGCACAGUGUCAUCAUGCAUCACCACAUACAAGAAGACCCCUCCGCCCGUGCCUCCCAGGACCACCCCAUCCAAACCGUUCAUCUCCAUAACCGCACAGAGCAGCACCGAGUCGGCCCAGGACGCGUACAUGGACGGGGGCCCGAGCCAGCGGGCGGGCAUCAGCUCCCAGCAGGGGCUCUCCAACUCCACAGAGAGCAUCGACAGCAUGAAGGCCCUGACGGCGGCCAUCGAGGCGGCCAACGCUCAGGUGCACGGCCCCGCCAGCCAGCACGUCACCAACAGCACCAUCACCAUCACCGCCACGGCCACCACCUCCGUCACGGCUGACAGCAAGGCGCAGAGGGAAGCGCUCAGGAAGUGCCUCUCCAUCGGGAUUCAGGUGGACCCGGAGGAAGGAGGGCUGACGGACGAGCAGUCUAAAUUCCAGUCAAUAGGAAUUCAGGUGGAGGAUGACCGAUGUCACCGCAGGAUGACCAGGUCCAACAGCGUGACCACGGCCGUCCAGGCAGACCUCGACGACCCAGCUGAUGCCCCCGAGCUCCCGCCGCGGCAGUGUGCCACCAUGCCGCGCCAGCACUCCCGCGACGCCGCCACCUCCACCGUCAGCAUCCAGGGCUCUGGGAACCACUACCAUGCCUGUGCCGCGGAUGAGUACGGCGAGGUGGGCUUCGACCCCUCCAUCCUGCCUCCCCCGGACCCCUGGAUGGACAGCGUGCCCGAGCCGGCGGCGGUUGAGGCCCUGGAGGCCGUGAGCCGGUCGGUGUGCUCCCGCGACGGACGCUGGUUCCUCAAGCUGCUGCAAGCCGAGACGGAGCGCAUGGAGGGCUGGUGCAGGCAGAUGGAGCAGGAUGAGGUGGAGAAUGAGCUGCCUGAUGAGGUCCUAGGGAAGAUCCGCAGUGCAGUGGGGAGUGCCCAGCUGCUGAUGUCCCAGAAGUUUCAGCAGUUCCGGGAGCUGUGUGAGGAGAAUCUGAACCCAAACGCGCACCCGCGGCCCGUCUCCCAGGAUCUGGCGGGUUUCUGGGACAUGCUCCAACUGUCCAUCGAGAACAUUAGCCUGAAGUUUGACGAACUCCACCAGCUCAAAGCCAACAACUGGAAACCUCUGACCCCCCCAGAAAUCCAGGAGAGAAGGAUGCCCCCCCCUGUGCCAAAGAAGCCUCUGAAGGCCCACGCACCUCUGGCUAGGGACCACUCGCUGGAGAGCUCCGAGCGCCAGCGCCUGGAGGCUCGCAAGCGGCUGCUCGCUGCCAAACGCGCCGCGUCGGUGCGGCAGAGCUCGGCCACCGAGAGCGCAGACAGCAUCGAGAUCUAUAUUCCCGAGGCUCAGACCAGACUCUGAGAGGCACGGGAUGCGUACGCCUACACGUCUAAUACUUUACACUGUCUCAUAAACACUGUAGUAGCACUGAAUGCUAAAGGCCAGGGCGCUAAACACGCUAGAAUCACCUUUUCUGCCGACUCUCCAGAUCACUGUGGGCUCACUCGCCGUGGAAGGUGUCUGAACAGGAAAUGUACAUUUACAGUAUUUAUUAAAUUAUUUAUAUAUCUCCUGUCCACCCUCAUUUCCUUUUUUUUCCCAGCUUUGAUGUAGCAACCCUGUUCAUCACUCAUAGAUUUGUCUAAACAAAAAAAA